CCUCUUCUCCAGAACGAGGAGUUAGGGGAAAUUAAGUUGUUUGACAACAACUAGCCAGUAGAAAUACUGUUUAGAUCACGGGAAAAUAAUUUUGCACGAUAGUGAUGAAGUUCGUUAUUAGGUGUGGUGUAUAGAUUUAGUAUAAGUAUUACACUUCCCACAGGAUAUUUUGUAAACAUUUCGAAGUUACCUUCUGAGCUUGGGAAAGCGGCGCAUUUUUUCCCGUUCUACAUCCAGACUCAACUCAUCACCUUCUCAUCAUGCCUUUCCCCUUCGGGAAGUCUCAGAAGAGCCCAGCAGAGAUUGUGAAGAGUCUGAAGGAGAACGUGGCUUACUUGGAAAAGCUGGAUGCGGCAGAAAGCAAAAAAUGUGAAAAGGUUGCAGAAGAGGUGUCUAAGAACCUGUCAUCUCUGAAAGAGGUGCUGUGUGGUACAGGAGACAAGGAGCCUCAAACGGAGGCAGUUGCCCAACUGGCCCAGGAGCUCUACAACACCAACCUCCUCAUUGCUCUCAUUGCAAACCUGCAAAGGAUUGAUUUUGAGGGAAAGAAGGAUGUGGUCCAGCUGUUCAGCAACAUUGUACGGCGUCAGAUUGGCACCCGUACGCCCACGGUUGAGUAUAUCUCCUCACACCCACAGAUCCUCUUCAUGCUGCUGAAAGGGUACGAGAGUGCGGAAGUGGCUCUGAACUGUGGGAUGAUGCUAAGGGAGUGCCUGCGUCAUGAGCCCCUGGCGCGCAGCGUUCUUUUCUCUGAGGACUUCUACUGCUUCUUUCGCUAUGUAGAGCUGUCCACCUUCGACAUCGCCUCAGAUGCUUUCGCUUCAUUCAAGGAUCUUCUCACGAGACAUAAGAUUAUGUGCGCAGAUUUUCUGGAGACCAAUUAUGACAGGGUGUUUACAGAAUAUGAGAAGCUCCUGCAUUCCGAGAAUUAUGUCACCAAACGGCAGUCCCUGAAGCUCCUGGGAGAGCUUCUUCUGGACAGACAUAACUUCACUGUGAUGACCAAGUACAUCAGUCGUGCAGAGAACUUGAAGAUGAUGAUGAACAUGCUGCGAGACAACAGCCGCAACAUCCAGUUUGAGGCCUUCCAUGUCUUCAAGGUGUUUGUGGCCAACCCCAACAAGACUCAGCCUGUGCUGGACAUCCUGCUGAAGAACCAGGCCAAGCUGGUGGAAUUCCUGAGCCACUUCCAGACGGAUCGCUCUGAGGACGAGCAGUUCUGUGACGAGAAGAACUACCUGAUCAAGCAGAUCCGCGACCUGAAGAGACCCCCGCCACCAGAGGAGGCGUGAGGGGGCAGGCAAGGGGGACGCCAGUUCAGAGGGAGAGAGUGAGAAUGAUGGUGAGAGCGAGGGAGUCAUGCUUGACUAGAAUCUAUUACUCUUCCCUUCUCUUAACUUCAAACAUAGGAAAAUAUAUAUUGUACAAACUCCCUCCUCGUCCCUUUUUAAGUUUCUAAUGCUCAUGUGGGAGCGGAGGUCAUUUUUAAGGCACACACAACAAGAGUGACCCAAGAACAGUUAUUUAAACCAUAGAGCUAUUUCAGCCAAUUCGUAUGAAUCAAUGCACUUUGUCAGAUGAUGUUAUAUUGGACCUUAAGCACAGUAGCACACCUGAGCAAUUUCCUGGGAAAUUAGGAUACGUGGUCAACAUAAAACGGAAUAAACUCUCUGACAACAGGCAAAGUCUCACCAAACUUUACAGGAAAUGUCAAAUAAAUUUGCAAGCUUUUAAAAGGCGAUGUCCUAUAUGAUAUUUUAGGACCUAGAAUUUUUAAAUCAAGAUAUUCUUUUGCUGGCGUUAUUCUAUAAUAGUUAACAUUUUAUUUUGUAACUAACACCACACUUAACAAAUUCCAUAAUAUCUUGGUUUAUUGCUUUAUUUAAGAGCUCUUUUAAUAUGUGGAUGAGCUUAGUGGUAUUAUUCUUUGCUUGGGAUAGACACUUGGGGCGAAGUAGGUCAUUGUAAUCUUUAGUUGAUAACUACGUAAUUAUCUUCAGUCCAGCUACUAACAGCACACAAAGUGACAAUAGAAAGCUCAAAGAUGCGAGUCCUCUGCAUCAGUUGUCCUAAUAGAAUCCAUCAGAGAUGGCAAUAAAAAAAAAUCUGAAACAUGAAUCGAUGAGAUUUGUGAGGUAGGAGCCAGGCUAGUAGACUAAAAUAGACUGUCAGAUAACGCUGCAGGGUGACCAUAGGCAGCCAUCCAUUCUUUGCUCUGAUUGAUCCCAAUGUUGGCACUCUCUUUUUCCCCCGCCCGGACGCUCGCUAGUUUUCAUAUGCAGUUAGGAACUGGUGUGAGAUAGGAAGAUGUUUUUUCUUUCAGAAAUGAUCACUUAAUAAUAUUGCUUUGCAGACAACUGAUAAGAUGUAUCCUCCCAAUAAUAUUACUAACACAUAAUAUCUUAUCGGACAAGAAUAAUGCAACACAAAAGUAACACUGUAAUGUUGCAGUGCAGCAGAACCUGCCCGAGCUCUGAUACUCCUAAGAUGCUAGUAAGCGUGGGCUUUCAUGAGCUGUAUGCUGUAUUUCAGGCCUCACUCUCAUGCAGUUAGACGCACUGGUCAGGAAGCCAUUGCAGAGGCCUGUGAUUGGACCCUUUUUUCCCCAAUUUUCACUUAAAAUGACAUGCCCAAAUCUAACCGCCUGUAGCGCAGGACCUGAAGCAAGGAUAUGCAUAUUCUUGAUACCAUUU